AACAAACGAGCUUUGAAAAUAACCGUUCGAAAUUUCUUCCGUUAGAAGGAAUCGCAGACUCAGUGCGGGCUGGUGAGUGAGUUAUACCGUUAUCCGUUUCAUCAUCGACAAAGCAAAAAAUGUGAAACAAAAAGAAAACGGUCCCACAGUCCUCACUCAUCAAGAGCUGCAGAGAGAGAGAGUAAUUGCAGGUAGAGAAUGGCAGCAUCUGUUUCAUCAUUACUCUCACUGAGUUGGGCUUCCACCUUCCCUAAGCAGUCAGUGGCGCCAAAUUCCAUGGCUGUAGAUAGCUCUACUGCAUCUCGUCCAUCUACUGUAAAUGCAUAUGCGUGCACCACUGAUGCAAUCUUUAACGAAGAAGGUUAUUUAAAGAGAAGGCCAAUUUUACUUGGAGUAGGGUCACUGGCAACAACUUUAAUUCCUGCUAGUUUUGGUUAUGCUGAAGAAGUACCUAAAAACUAUGAAGCUUUUGUUGAUCUUUCAGAUGGAUAUUCUUAUUAUUACCCUUCGGAUUGGAGGGAAUUUGAUUUUAGAGGGCAUGAUUCAGCAUUUAAGGAUCGUUAUCUGCAACUACAAAAUGUUAGAGUGAGUUUCUUACCAACGGAUAAAAGUGACAUCCAUGAAUUGGGUCCCAUGGAUGAGGUUAUUUCCAACUUGGUGAGACAUAAGUUUGCUGCACCAUCUCAAAGAGGUACCAUAUUUGACAUGCAGGAGCGGACUGUCAAUGGAAAAAAUUACUAUACCUUUGAGUAUGAACUUACUUCUCCAAUAUUUGCUCGCACUGCCUUUGCAACAAUAUCUAUUGGAAACGGAAGAUAUUACACACUGAUAGUUGGGGCAAAUGAAAGACGGUGGAGAAGAGUCCGGAACCAACUUAAAGUGGUAGCUGACUCAUUCAAGAUGCUUGACAUCUGAAAUGAUAGCAUGGCCAAGCAAAUUUUUCAUCUGUAAUUUUCUUUUUUCCAGGUCCUAUUGAAUUGGGAAAUGUCUAGGUUGGGCAUUUUCCUUUUUCAGGCCAGUGACUGAAUUCAAAUUCCUUGGACAACAAACCUCGUCUUUUAUAUUGUAUAUAUAUAUAUAUAUAUAUAUAUAUACAUAUGUAGUCUGAUUGUUUAGCCAAUCAAAUUCUUACUCCAAAAUUCUGCAUUGCUCUUCCAAUUUCGUUUUCUGUCUUUUGUAUUUAUUGUGUCUUCUGUCUUUCGUUUGGUUCUUGUAAGCAAUAACUACAAUGCCUUUGCAUACAGUGUAAUCUGAAAGAAUAUAAAUUAAAAUUUGCCCUCUCUCCUACCGAAAAAACAAAAUAAAAUUUGCCUCC